AUGAUCCAGACAUCAAAGCAGUUUCAAUCGUCUCAUGCAGACAAGCAUGUAUCUCUGAAGACAGGCAUUGGCUUGAAGUUGGGUGAAGUCGACAACGAUGUAUUCGUGACGCAGAUUGUGGUGGGAGGGCCAUGCUUCUACGACGAGCGAGUGAAUGUAGGCGACCACCUCAUGUCUAUCGACGGUGUAGAUGUCUCCAAGCUGUCAAAGAACGACAUCCAGCAGAUGAUGGUGGGGCAUGUCGGGACGAUGGUGAAGCUGGGGCUAGCUCGUAGAGUUGACGACAUCAAUGUGUACAAUUUCAUCGUCGAGAUUCAGCGGUCGCACCUCAAGGAGCCCAAGGGAAGCAUCAUCAAAGUCAAGGGCAGCCUUGGACUCUCUCUGCAGCACAUGCCCGACUUCACCUUUGAAGUCGCAGCCAUCCCGGACGACUCGCCGCUCGCUCGCAACGGCAUUCUCCAUCGGCGAGAUCGCAUCUGGUCCGUCAAUGGCGUCACGCUCGACCAGAUGCGACGCUGCGAUGCUUCAGAGCUGUUCCGCAACCCCGGAGGAGCAGCCAUGAAGCUCAUCGUGCUCAGGGGAGGGGCAGUGAUCAACCUGAACAUCGACGAGGAGUCGUUCAACAUAUCUUCCGUGGAGUCUAAAGUUGUCCUAUCUCCUAUCUGCAAGUCCAACCGACUUGGGCUGAGGAUGGAGGCGCAUGUCGAGGAAGGGACAGUCAAGAUCGUGUCUGUGGAGAGGGAUGGGCCGGCAGACAAAACGAGGAUGCUCCAAAAUGGGGACGAGAUCGUUGCGGUAAACGGACAUUCCAUCAUAGAAGAGACCAUGGACAAGAAGCUGAAACUCGAUGAGCUCGUAGUGUUAUUGGAAACAGCGUGA